GCUACGCAGACAGCAAGCUAUUAGCAAUGUGCUGGUGCUGUUGACUAUCCCUCUAUGUAGACAGCGCGGGGCAACCCCGCCGUAUCGUAUUGGAUUGUUGUAUGGCCCGUAGCCAGGCCGAGCAUUUAGUCAACCGAGCGACAGCAUCUGGACAUUUUAGCGACUCCGCUAAUGCUGCGUACAGGCAAAGUAGAACACCAUCAGCUAUUUUCAAUCGCGUUUCGGUAGUGAUGCUAGAACGACGUACGUAGAGUUCGUGGGUCACACCGCCCAGCUCAAUCGUCGAGGUCGUCAGAAUUAAUGACGAUUUUUUGGUGCUUCCUUAAAACAAAGUCUGAGUAGUGACUCAAAACUAAGUAAAACCAGCUCAAAAUGGAUUUAAACUUCAAGUGUCCACUCUGUGAGACGUACUUCGACGCGCAGGAUGACCUCCAGGAUCACGUGAAGGCAGCGCAUACGUCCUACUACUACGAUACCUAUCUGGUGCCGCCGAUGAUCAUCGGUCUCCCGGAUCCCGUGGGGGUCGUGGCACCUGUCACGGUCAUCACAACCGAACCGGUCGGUAGCCCGGAUGUCAUCAUCGAACCCGUGGUGGUGGACGAUGGAUGUGAUUGCUGCGGGUGCUGUUCGUGUUGUUCCGAUCAACCCGUGGCCGCCGGUUCCGCGGUGGAUGGUGGCGAUGGAUGCUGUGACUGUUGUGGCGGAACGGACGCUGGAGGUGGUGGCGACUGUGGGGAUUGUGACUGCGAUUGUGACUGUGUGAUUAUGUAGGAAGGAAGAAUCGUGUCGUGCCAGAUGUUAACCCUUUUUUGUACAGGAUCGUUGUUUGGAAUGUUGCUUUUGUUGAUACUAACGCCAUUAGUUGUUAAUGUAAGCUCGCAAGGUAUUGAAUCCCAGUAUAUUAAUACUCAGCGUUGUGAGACGUGUUAUUUACAUUAUUUGAUAAAAAGUAUUUAUUGACUAAUAAGUUUAAAGCAAUAA